GUCACGGCCCAAAGGUGAUAAAAUGCUUGCAAUUGCUGUGACUGCCAUUGGCAGGCGCGACAGCUUGGAUGCAAGACUCGCGUCCUUCUCUCCGCAUCCCUUUUGUUUAUCUAGUCGAGCUUCCCAUCUUCCGGCUUUGCUUCUCUUACCUCCUUUACAAUGGCUUCAUCUGUCACAGAUCGCGUCAAGAAUCUAGGAGAAUCGAUGGCCGACUCUGCUAAGAACAUGUUCGAGAACGAGAAGAUUGCCGACCUCAAGAAGAAUGUCAAGGAUUCUCACAGCAAGCAGCACCAAACAACCGACUAUGGCAUCAAGGUCGCCGACUUGGACCAUUGGUUGAAGGUGGUGGACGAAGAGAACGACAAGGUCGGCCCUUCUUUGCUCGAGGACCAGAUCGCGAGAGAACGCAUUCAUCGUUUCGACCACGAGCGUAUUCCUGAACGUGUCGUCCAUGCUCGAGGGGCUGGUGCUCAUGGCCAGUUCAAGCUUUUCGAGAGUCUUGAGGAUGUCACCACCGCUGGCGUGUUGACCGACACGUCCCGCACUACACCUACCUUUGUUCGCUUCUCCACUGUGCAGGGCAGCAGAGGAAGCGCAGACACCGUCCGAGACGUUCGAGGUUUCGCCACCAAAUUCUACACCAAAGAAGGCAACUGGGACAUCGUUGGCAAUGACAUCCCCGUCUUCUUCAUCCAAGAGUCGAUUAAGUUCCCUGAUCUUGUCCAUGCGGUCAAGCCAGAGCCUGAUAACGAAGUCCCUCAGGGACAGACUGCGCAUAACAGCUUCUGGGACUUUACGUACCUACACAAAGAGGCGACUCACAUGUUUCUCUGGGCUAUGUCUGACCGAGGCACUCCCCGAUCGUAUCGAAUGAUGCAGGGAUUCGGUGUCAACACUUUCUCUCUGAUCAACGCUAAGGGUGAAAGAACCUUCGUGAAGUUCAUCUGGACCCCAGAGUUGGGCGUCCACUCCUUGAUGUGGGAUGAAGCUCUCAAGCUUGCUGGUCAGGACCCUGAUUUCCAUCGCAAGGAUUUGUACGAAGCCAUCGACAAUGGCGCCUAUCCGAAGUGGAAGUUCGGUGUCCAGCUCAUCGCCGAGAAAGACGAGCACAACUUCGACUUCGACAUCCUCGACUCCACCAAGGUCUGGCCCGAGGAUCAAGUUCCCAUCCGCUACGUUGGAGAGAUGGAGCUCAACCGCAAUGUUGACGAAUACUUCCCAGAGACGGAACAAGUCGCCUUCUGUACAAGCCACAUUGUUCCUGGUAUUGACUUCACAAACGACCCCCUGCUUCAGGGAAGAAACUUCUCUUACUUUGAUACCCAGCUAUCUCGUCUGGGCAUCAACUGGCAAGAACUUCCUAUCAAUCGACCUGUUUGUCCGGUGCUGAACUUCAACCGUGAUGGUCAGGGACGUCAUACCAUCACGAAAGGCAAGGCGAACUACUGGCCCAACCGGUUCGACGCCAACCCUCCUACGGGACACGGUGGCGGAGGCUUCAUGUCUUUCCCUACCAAGGAGUCAGGCAUGGACCAGCGAAAGCUGGCACCCAAGUGGAAGAACUACCUGUCUCAGGCCCAACUCUUCUGGAACUCCAUGACAGAAAUUGAGAAGAUGCACAUUACAAAUGCUCUGUGCUUUGAACUCGAUCACUGCGACGAUUCUGUUGUGUAUGAGCGAAUGGUGUCACGCCUUACGGAAAUCGACCUUUCUCUUGCAACAGCUGUAGCUGAGAAGGUUGGUGCGCCCACUCCCACCAAACAGGCUGUGGAGAACCCUGGCCUCAAAGCCAAGGGCCUCAGUCAAUUCGACUACCUGCCAGAGAAUCCAACCAUCAAGUCACGCCGCAUUUGCAUCCUCAUCGCGGAUGGUUUCGACGCGGUGGCUUAUGGUGCUAUGAAGGCUGCCGUUCUGUCACAGCUGGCAUUGCCUUUCACCAUUUCCAACAAGCGUCAAAAUGUGGUAGCUUCAGAUGGAACUACGACUGUGAAGCCUGACCAUUUCCUGAACGGACAGCGUUCGACCAUGUUCGAUGCCAUCUUCAUCCCUGGCGGGGAGCAGUCCGUCAAGACUCUUGUGGGCAAUGGUAUCGCAAGAUUCUAUGUCCGCGAGGCCUUCUCUCAUCUCAAGCCCAUUGGCGCUACUGGCGAAGGCGUCAAGCUUGUCGACUCUGCCCUGAAGGAAGUCGAGGGCGCCCAAUUGGCCACCCAAGGGACCUCAGAUAUCGUUGAUUGGUAUGGUGUCGUUACUGCCCAGAAGCCAGAUGAUGAGUCCAGCGUCAAGAGCGGAGUCAAGAUGGUCAAAGAGGCCAAGGACUUUACUGGCAAGUUCUUCUAUCACAUCUCGAUGCACAGAAACUGGCAAAGAGAGUUGGAUGGUCUUAUCAACAUGGUGGCCGCUUGAGAUUGUCCACCGAGACGAACAUACUUGGAAUGAUCAUUGUGAUGGAAAGCAGAUCCGACUGGAGACCGACUACUUCAUCUAAGAGGUGGUUCGGAUACAUAUGUGAACGAACUUAGUAUAUAGUAAUGACCUUGAUAUACCCUGCUCAAUAUGAAAUUAUAUGAAGACAAAUC